AUCACCGCGCGCCAGCCUCUCUGGGAGGCCCCCCUUCCCCCAAGAUGGCGAUGCUGGCAGAACCACGCAGGAAGCAGAAGUGGUCUGUGGAUCCCCGGAACAGCGCUUGGAGUAAAGAUGAAUCAAAAUUUGGCCAAAAGAUGUUGGAAAAAAUGGGGUGGUCAAAAGGCAAAGGGCUUGGAGCUCAGGAGCAAGGGAACACCGAACACGUCAAGGUCCAACUGAAAAACAACACUCUGGGCUUAGGAGCAGCAGCCAACCAAGAGGACAACUGGAUCGCCCAUCAGGAUGACUUCAACCAGCUUCUGGCAGAGCUGAACAACUGCCACGGACAAGACGCCCCAGAGGCUGCGUCCAAGGAGGAGAAAAGAACCUUUAGCCUGGAGGAGAAGUCUAAGAGUGCCCGGAAACGAGUUCAUUAUGUGAAAUUUGCCAAAGGAAAAGAUCUCUCCUCCCGAAGCGAAGAUGACCUGUCUUGCAUUUUUGGGAAGCGGCAAGCCAAGAAAACACAGCAUUCAGCUUCAUAGGAGCCCAGGCCCUCCAGGAUAAC